CCUGAUCUCGCUUCCACACCAUGUCAACAAGACAUUUCUUUCACGACUCCGAGGCCUUAGUGCUGGAUUGUCUUGAGAGUCUGACUCUCACCAACACGUUUCUUGGUUUUGACAGAGCGAAUAAAUCUGUCUUCUACACCGGGCACGAUUCCUCGAAAAACGUCGCACUUAUAUCCGGGGGAGGUGCAGGACACGAGCCAGCACACGCAGGCUACGUGGGAGAAGGUCUCUUGACAGCAGCUGUUUCCGGCUCGAUAUUCGCGUCGCCAAAUGUAUCGCAGAUUGUCAACACCAUAUCUCGAGUCGGCGGAGAGGCUGGAACAAUUCUGAUAAUAAAGAACUAUACAGGAGACGUAUUCCACUUUCAUCUUGCAGCUGAGAAGGCUCGAGCGAACUAUGGUCUGAAGGUCGAGAUAAUAGUUGUCGGAGACGAUGUCUCGGUUGGACGUCAGAAGAGUGGCAAGGUUGGACGAAGAGGGCUGGCUGGGACUGUGCUAGUACAUAAGAUUCUGGGUGCCAUGAGCAAGGACCCAAAUGCCUCUCUGGAAAAGUUGGCUAGUAUGGGGCGACUAGUUGCCUCGAACCUAGUUACUGUUGGAGCAUCUUUAGGACAUGUGCAUGUUCCGGGUCGUGCAGUGUCUGAUCCCACCACUGCCCCUCCUGACCAAAUUGAGCUCGGUAUGGGCAUCCACAACGAAUCCGGCAGUCGGAUUCUCAACCCACCACCUAAUGCGAAGACCCUUAUCGACAUGAUGCUCGACCAAUUAUUGAGCACCACGGACGCCGACAGAUCGUAUGUCAACAUGAGCGAUGCAGAAGAAAUUGUCCUGCUCAUCAAUAAUCUUGGUGGCAUCUCAGUGCUGGAACUGGGCGGCAUCACAAAAGCUGUUGUCUCAGCCCUUGAGAGUCUGAAAUUCACACUGUCGAGAGUACUUUCUGGGACCUUCAUGAGUAGUCUUGAUGGCCCAGGUUUCAGCAUUACACUUCUGAAGGCCAACUCGGAAAUGCUGAAGUACCUCGAUGCACCUUCCAAUGCUGUUGGAUGGCCUUCAACGGAAGGUCUUCUGUCCUUGAAGCGAGACAAGUCGUUACAAGUAGACCAAGCAUCUCAACAUUCUGUAUCAGAUGUUCAAGGAUCCCACGACGGUGCCAAGAUGAACGUACAGGAAUUCAAGUCUCGAGUAAUAAAAGCCUGUAAGAAUCUCAUCGAUUCAGAAGCUCGGAUAACUGAAGCCGAUACCAUCGUCGGCGACGGUGAUUGCGGAAUCACGCUUGCUCGCGGAGCAAAAGCAGUUCUGGCUUACAUUGAUAAAUCCGAGUUGAGCCCAAUUGCCGCCUCAACACUUCUGGGCAUCUCAAAUGUCAUCGAAGAAAGUAUGGACGGUACAUCUGGAGCACUGUACAGCAUCUUCUUCAAUGCCCUUGCAUCCGCCCUUCGAUCCCUUUCAACAAACAGUGAACUCGGCUCCUCUGAGUGGGGCGUGGUAGCUAGUAGCGCUUUGUCUAAGUUGCAAGCUGCUACACCCGCAAGACAAGGUGAUCGGACCUUGAUGGAUGCUCUGGAACCAUUCAUCGUAAGUUUCGAGGCUGGAGAAGGGGCAGAAGUCGCCUUGCAGAAAGCCAAGAAGGGGGUCGAGGCUACGAAAGGAAUGCAAGCAGCCUUUGGAAGAGCUGUAUAUGUUGAAGAAAGUGCGUGGAGCCAGGUGCCUGAUCCUGGUGCGGAAGGUAUCUUGUGUGUUUUAGAGGGACUCGUGGAAAAGUCAUGA